CUCGGACUGCUUACCUGCCAAGGUGAGACGGGCAUUACAGGUGAAUUCAGUACCGGUUACCUGAUCGUUUGUUCUAGGGAGGAGCCUGAUAAUGUUGAGCUGACCCAGAACUGGACCCAGUCCACGACCAGUUCCGGGUCUCUGUCCAGGGCCUGGGAUUUUGAUGCAGUGACCGAAAAAACCCAACUGCUGAAGAAGAAGAAGAAGGGGCAGAAGGGGCAGAAGGGGCGUGGCUACGGGAUCUUCCUCCUGCACACUGUGGCCUGCAGCUUUGGGCCGUACUUCUUGUGUGGAACUCUCUGGCUCCUUCUGCAUGAAGUAUUCAUGUUCGCUGUGCCACAGGUGCUCAGUCUGCUGCUGGCCUUCAUCAGCGAUGAAGACGCUGCCAUGUGGAAGGGCUUCCUGUUCUGCUCACUGCUCUUCCUGCUCUCCUGCCUGCAGUCGCUGCUCCACCAUCAGUAUAUGUUCCACUGCUUCAGCGUGGGGAUGAGGCUGAAGACCGCGCUCAUAGGCCUCGUCUACCGGAAGUGCCUGCUGCUGAGCAGCGCCGCUCGCCGUCGCGGUGAUGUGGGAGAGAUCAUUAACUUGGUCUCAGCCGACACUCAGAAGCUGAUGGACUUUGUGGUUUACUUCAACAGCCUGUGGGUCACGCCCAUCGAGAUCACACUGUGCUUCUACUUCCUGUGGCAGCUCCUCGGCCCUUCUGCUCUUGCUGGUAUCGUCCCCGUGGUUCUGAUUGUUCCUCUGAAUGGAUUGAUCGCCAAGAUGAGAAGCAAACUUCAGGAGAUUCAGAUGAAGUUCACGGAUGGUCGUCUCAAACUGAUGAACGAGAUUCUGAGCGGCGUGAAGAUCCUCAAGUUCUACGCCUGGGAGGACGCUUUCCUUCGCCGAAUCGGCGUCCUGAGAGAUGGAGAACUGGAGACCCUGAAAAUGUCUCAGGUCCUCCACUCAGUCUCUCUGGCCUCCUUCAACUCCUCCUCCUUCUUGAUCGCCUUGUCUGUGUUUGCGGUCUACGUGACGAUCGAUGACAGAAACCUUCUGGACGCUCAAAAGAUCUUUGUGUCCGUCGCUCUGAUCAACAUCCUGAAGACUCCUCUGAGCCAACUUCCCUUCGCCAUGAGCGCCACCAUGCAGGCCGUCGUCUCGCUCAGACGUUUGGGAAACUUCCUGAGUCAAGACGAGCUGAAGGGCGACAGCGUGGAGAGACUUCCUCGCAGCUCCGACGGAGACGCCGUGAGGAUCGAGGACGGCUGGUUCUCCUGGACUUGCGACGGGCCGCCGUGUCUGCAGGGGAUCAGCGUGAAGGUGAAGCCGGGCUCCCUGGUGGCCGUGGUUGGCCAUGUUGGUUCUGGGAAGUCUUCUCUACUGUCGGCCAUGUUGGGGGAGAUGGAGAGGAGGAGUGGCUCGAUCUCCAUCAAGGGCUCGGUGGCCUACGUCCCGCAGCAGGCUUGGAUCCAGAACGCCUCUCUGAAGGACAACAUCCUGUUUGGACGGGAGAAGAAAGAAAGCUGGUACCUCCGAGUGCUGGAGGCCUGCGCUCUGCUGCCGGACCUGGAGAUGCUGCCUGCCGGGGACGGCACCGAGAUCGGGGAGAAGGGUCUGAACCUCUCCGGGGGUCAGAGGCACCGGGUCAGUCUGGCUCGGUCUGUUUACAGGAGAUCAGAUGUUUACCUGCUGGACGACCCGCUGUCGGCCGUCGAUGCCCACGUGGGACAACACAUCUUUGAUAGAGUCAUUGGACCCAGAGGUCUCCUCAAAGAGAAGACUCGGGUGCUGGUGACUCACGGCCUCAGCUUCCUGUCCAAAACCGACCUCAUCCUGGUCAUGUUGGAGGGCCACAUCUCAGAGAUGGGCUCCUACAAGGACCUGAUGGACAGGAAAGGAAACUUUGCCAAAUUCAUCCACGCCUUCAACGGGAAGCGGCGCAGGGGAAGCUCCGCCUCCAGAGGGAGCUCCGCCUCCAGGGACAAGAGUAAGACAUGCGUAGGCAGCAGGAAGUCGGCGUCCCGUCUCUCUGAGCUCUCUAUCGAUCUUCCACAGAAGCAACUGAUCAGCGGUGGUGCCACUGUUCAUCUGAUGGAGGUUGUUGAGCUGAGUGAGGCGGACAAGGCUCACACUGGACGGGUUAAGCUGCAGAUGUACCGGGAGUACUUCCGGACCGUGGGCCCGACCAUCAUCGCCGCCAUCGUCUUCCUCUGUGCCUUCCAGCAGGCCGCCUCGCUCGCCUACAGCUACUGGCUGAGCCUGUGGGCCGACGAGCCGGCGCUCAACGCCACGCGGAGCCACCAGCUGAGGCUGGGCGUGUUCGCCGCCCUGGGCCUCACGCAGGGUGCGGCCAUGUUUGGGACCACGCUAGCCAUUGCCUUGGGCGGCAUCGUGGCGUCCCGCCACCUCCACGCCGACCUCCUCCUCAGCGUGCUGCGCUCGCCCGUCUCCUUCUUCGAGGCGACGCCCAGCGGGAACCUCCUGAACCGCUUCUCCAAGGAGGUGGACGCCAUCGACUGCAUGAUCCCCGACGGGCUGAAGAUGAUGCUGGGCUACCUCUUUAAGCUCCUGGAGGUCUGCGUCGUCCUGUUGCUGGCCACGCCCCUCACCGGGCUGGUGCUCCUCCCCCUCGCCUGCAUCUACAUCUUCAUACAGAGCUUCUACGUGGCGUCCUCAUGUCAGCUGCGGCGUCUGGAGGCCGUGAGCCGCUCGCCGGUCUACAGCCACCUCAACGAGACGGUGCAGGGCGCCGCCGUGGUGCGGGCCUUCGGCGAGCAGGGCCGCUUUGUGCUGGAGGCCGACCGCCGCGUUGACCGCAACCAGGAGGCCUACUUUCCUCGCUUCGUCGCCACCAGGUGGUUGGCGGUGAAUCUCGAGUUUCUGGGGAACCUUCUGGUUCUGGCUGCAGCCGUCCUGUCGGUUAGAGGUCGAGAUCAUCUGAGCCCCGGCAUCGUGGGACUAGCAGUGACCCACUCGCUCCAGGUUACUGGGAUCCUCAGCUGGAUCGUUCGAUCCUGGACCGACGUGGAGAACAACAUCGUGUCGGUGGAGCGAGUCAAAGAGUACGACAGCACCGACAAAGAGGUCUGCUGCGUCCUCCUUUAACUCCCACAGGUGUCUUCUAGUUCAUUUCUUUACCAUGACCCCCCCCCCCCCCCCAGGGA